GUGACGUCGUGAUCGCUGCGCCUGAGGCGGAAGUGUACUAUUUUUGAUUGCAGAGCCCAGGACCGGGGUUACCCUGGAUACUGGAGGUUUGUGGGACGCCCUAAGGGCCAGUAGGAGCAGGGCCCCAACCUGGACAAGCCUGUAGCCCGGAGUGUGGAGGGAAGAGCGGCGCUCAGGAUGUUCGCGGGGCUGCAGGAGCUCGGGGUCGCCAACGGGGAAGAUCUGAAGGAAACACUGACCAACUGCACCGAACCCCUGAAAGCCAUAGAGCAGUUCCAGACAGAAAAUGGCGUCCUGUUGCCGUCACUGCAGUCAGCGCUGCCGUUUCUGGAUCUUCACAGCAUCCCCCGGCUCGAGUUCCACCAGACUGUGUUCGAUGAACUAAGGGAGAAGCUGCUGGAGAAAGUGUCGGCCAUCGCAGCAGAAGGAAAACACGGGGACAGAUACACCAAGUUAGAAGAGCUCUUAGAGAAGUCUUUCCCCCUGGUGAAGAUGCCGUCCAUCCAGCCGGUGGUCAUGUGUGUCAUGAAGCACUUGCCCAAGGUGCCCGAGAAGAAGCUGAAGCUGGUGAUGGCCGACAAGGAUCUGUAUAAAGCCUGCUCCGUGGAGGUGAAGCGGCAGAUCUGGCAGGAUAACCAGGCUCUGUUCGGGGACGAGGUCUCUCCUCUGCUCAAGCAGUACAUCCAGGAGAAGGAGAACGUACUGCUCAGCAGCGACCUCUCCGUCCUGCACAACUUCUUCAGCCAGUCCCCAAAGACCAGACGACAGGGGGAGGUGGUUCAUAAACUGACUCAGAUGAUCGGGAAGAACGUGAAGCUGUAUGACAUGGUCCUGCAGUUCCUGCGCACUCUCUUCUUGAGGACCCGAAACGUUCACUACUGCACGCUGCGGGCGGAGCUUCUUAUGUCCUUACAUGACCUGGACGUCAGUGAGAUCUGCACAGUCGACCCCUGCCACAAGUUCACCUGGUGCCUGGACGCCUGCAUCCGAGAGAAGUUUGUGGACGCAAAGAGAGCUCGAGAGUUACAGGGAUUUCUCGAUGGAGUGAAGAAGGGUCAAGAACAGGUUCUGGGAGAUUUAUCCAUGAUCUUGUGUGACCCGUUCGCCAUCAACACUUUAGCUUUGAGCACCAUCCGGAACCUGCAGGAGCUGAUCGGCCAAGAAUCCCUCCCCAGGGACAACCAUGAAUUGCAUCUGCUUCUCAGAAUGCUUUCCCUGGGGCACGGAGCCUGGGACAUGAUAGACAGCCAGGUGUUUAAGGAGCCCAAGCUGGAUACGGAGCUGAUCACCAAGUUCUUGCCUCUCCUGAUGUCCUUGGUGGUUGAUGACUACACAUAUAAUGUAGAACACAAGUUACCGACAGAAGAGAAAGUGCCCGUCAUGUACCCCAAUACCCUGCCGGAUGUCUUUACUAAGUUUCUGCAGGAGAACAGAAUUGCCUGUGAGAUUGGACUCUACUACCUGUUGCACAUCACAAAGCAGAGGAAUAAGAACUCGCUGCUCCGCCUGCUGCCCGCCGUCAAAGUGACCUACAACGACACGGCGUUCACCGACAUCUUCCUGCACCUCUUCACCAGUAACCUGACGCUCCUGUCUGAGGAGUUUGGUUCCGAAGAAUUUUGCACCCACAUCUUUGACAGCUUCUUUCUGAUGGCUCUCACCAAAAAAGAAAAUAUCCACAGACAUGUCCUCCGCCUGCUGCUUCACCUCCACCACAAAGUGGCACCUUCCAAACUGGAGUCUUUACAGAAAGCCUUGGAACCUACCAAAACGAGUGGCGAGCCAGUAAAGGAGCUCUACAACCAGCUGAGCGAUAAGCUGCAGCAGAAGAAGGCCAGCCCCCCGGCCGCAGAACCGGAGCCUGCCGCCAUGGACUUGUCCCUGCACAACAUGCCCACACCGCCGGUGGUUUAAUCUCUCAUGGUGCCAGGAGUGGUGUAUAAAGGUGCCCACAUACUGUGAUAUAAGCCGGACAUUUAGGCUGGGUUCAGAAGUGACAAAAAAAUCUGUUGUGGAUUGUGUUGCAUUUCCGCAGCAAAAACCCCGUGUACGACAGCGGUAAUAUCAUCGGAGUUCACCUUCUCCAUGGCAAAGGGUGAAAUCCACAAGGCCGGCCGCACCUCUUCCUUGCGUUUUUUGUGCGGAUGAGAAUUCAGAGAUUCACAUCCAUAUUGCUAGUGCUGUACAACGCUGCAGCUUUGCCGCGCAAAAAUCCGCCAUGGCAAAGCUGCAGCUAAUGAGUGACGUGUGACCCCGGCCUUAUGCAACGCGCACCUGACCUCUUUGGGUGGAGCGUUUCCUUAAAUGCUCCCCAUAUGCUUCAAGUUUAUGUGAAUGUUCUGUGUAUCUGCUGAUGAUAGUAUUAGGCUAGGGUUACAUGACGAUGGUGGGCACGCAAAACACGAUGCACCGUGACAUUGCCGGUAGUGAUUGGGAUCACGUUGUGGCAUGUGACAUUGCCCGCACAGACUUCAAUGCAAGUCAUGCGUGAUCGCAACUGUUUUGCUGCGUUUUUUUUUUUGUUAACCAUCUAAGCAAAAUUGCGCGCGACUCAGAUCAUAAAAUUCGCAUAAGAGCAAAUGAAGUCACAUGAAAAGAGUCGCCAUGUAGCCGUAGCCACUGCUGUGUAACUGGCAAGAUGGCCGCCACACACACACCAGACUCUUGCCUUGUGUUGAAAUAGAUUUAUUUUUUAUUUUUACCAAAUGGAAAUAAACAUUUGUGGGGUUUUUUAUUAUA